AUGGCUAGCAUGGCGAAUACCAUUUCUACAAAAUAUGAGGCACUCCAUGCUGCGGAUCCCAGCCGACUCAGCUUAGCCAACCUGCCUUUGGAGAUCCCUCUCCAUAUCAUCGAGGACCUUUUCAAGCUAAGGGAUGUCCAGAAGAUCAUCCUCAGGCCGCCGCCCAUGAACGGAAUUGGCGGCGUCUGCCGCCUGUUCCGGCACAAGUACUGCAAGAUCAGGCCAACACGCUGGGGCGCACAUCUCUGCCCUGCCGGACCAUACCAUGUCGGCCUGAAGCGCGACAUGUUCUAUGUGCGGUUUCACCAUCAAGACAGCAUAUUCGACUUGAGCCAUCAACACUUGAACUUGGACGUUUACCUGGGGAAAGACGAGUUCGGCGGUAUUCUGGACGGAAUCGAGCGAAUGGCGACGAGCGCAUAUUGCGUUUCGUAUGAACUGGACCACUUCAACCCACCCGGUCGCUUGUAUCUUCGGCACUUGAGCCCGCAGAGCAGAGAGCUCAUCGUCCUGCCGCCUGCCUGGAGUUUGGAGAAAAAUCCUGUUAGCGAUGACGGACUGGAGCUGAACCCGUGCUGGAGCCCUUGA